UGGGUGGGGCUUGGUGAGAGGAAAGAGAGGGAAUGGAGAGGGAAAACAGGGUGAUGUGUGUGCUGCGAAUUCAAAGCUGGGUGGGUCUACAGUGUUUCACAUUCCCAAAUAACUCGCGCGCCGUGCGUUAAAGCGCUUUCAGUUUUCAGAAGGUCACAAUGUUGAUGCUGGCUGGAAUCGUCGUUCUGCACAUUACUACCAUCAUCCUGCUUCUGGUGGCCACCAUUGAUAAUGCUUGGUGGAUCACGGACUCGAUAUCAACCGACUUGUGGGGCAAGUGGGUGUUGACGAAGUCAGAGUGGCAUUACACCAACCUGAUAAACUACCCAGACGAAUACCUCCAGACGGUGCAGGCUACUUCGGUGCUGGCCUGUAUUUUUGCCACCCUGGCCCUGUUUGUGUUUGUGGCUCAGCUGUUCACCCUACCCAAAGGCCAGAGGUUCACCUUCACUGGCAUUUUACAGCUAAUCGCCUGCCUGUGUAUAAUGAUAGCUGCCUCGAUCUACACGGCCGAGUUUCACACCAGCGAGUCGGAGGGAGGGUACGGCCACUCCUACGUCCUGGCAUGGAUCUCCUUUGUCCUCACCUUCCUCCUAGCGAUCACCUACCUCGUCCUGCGGAAGAAGAGUGAGUGAGAGCAUAGAAGGAAUGAGGGCAGGGCUCAUGUUCCUCUGACUGUGGGGAAUUAAAGAGUAGGAUUUAUUUCAAAUGUGGAAGAAAAGAGAAAACAACUUUGCUGUACACCAUCUACAGCGAGGAACAUGGGGAAACGUUCAAAUGCUAACACGAGCCAUUUGUUUAUAUUUUGAAUAUUAUGAAUUGAAAUGGAUCACAUGCUAACAUUACAUGAAAGGCGGAAACUUUUCCUUUUCAUAGAUUUCGAUUUCUGGCACAGGGCACAAAAAUAGAGUUUUGAUAAGGAGUGUGCGACCUCAAACAGUGCUAACUUCACAGCAGUUUACCCAUAAAAUAACUAACAAAUCAGGUUUUUCUAUCAACUUUUAAAUAGUAGUUACAUAUAGAUCCAUCAGUGCUUUAAAGGGAACAGUUUGACAUUUUGGGGAAUGGUCUUGCACGCUUUUUUGCCGAGCGAUGACAACGCUGACACCACUCUGUCUGUCUGUAAAACAUGAAGCUACAACCAGCUGCUGGUUUAGCUUUUAUAUCACUUGAAAGCUCACCAAGUAGUGCCUUAUGGCUUGUUUAUUUAAAUUAGACCAAAAAUAAAAGUGUAAAAAUCACAAGUUGUGGUUUUGCAGGCAGUUGUGCAGGAAUAUUUCUAAACUGGGUGCAAAAAAAUAAGAAAAGGAGGCGGUAGUAGAUGGAUUUUGUAACCUGUAUACAGUCAGACAAGCUCUUUUCACAUUUCUAGUCUUAUUACUGAAGUUAACUGGCUGCUGGCUGUAGUGUCAUAUUAAGCAUACAGACUGAGGAGUGGUAUUGAAAAGCAAUGGAGUCUACGCUUUUAAAGUUAUGGUAAAAUGUAAAUAUCCUCAAUAAAAGCCCUCGUGUGAUAUUGUAGUUAAAAAUAUUUUGAAGUUUGUUAUAAUCAUGUUAUGAGGCUGACAGUUACUACUGCAGCUUUCCAGAGUGGAGGAGUGAAAAGAAAAUACUGUAUCUGAGAAGGUACAGCAUUUUGGCAAAACUACAGCAAUCCUGUUGUAGCACUUGAACAAUCAGGAAAGACAAGCCUUAAUUUACAGUACAAGUAGUUUUAUUAUGUAUCAUUAUUCUACAACUGAAGUAUAGUGUAUCCUUUUUUAAAUCUAUGUACAUUGUAACCAUUAUAUUUUUGUAGCAUUUUGUAUUGACUGUCUUUUAUUAACCUUGUCUGAUUUUGUGUCUGUAUUUGGCUGCUAUGAUCAGAAAAGUACAUGCAUUUGUACAAGUGAACAAAAAGUGAACCAGGGAUGGAGGACAAUGGUGUUUCAUUUCACCAUGAUACAGAACUAUGCAACAGAAGGAUUUGUUUGUUAUUUACAUUGGAAUUUUAAGCCAUAUCGUUUAUUAAUAAAACCAAAUAUAACACAAAGCA